AUGUCAGAUCCCACAGAGGUUCUGAGUGAGACUAGUGAGACUAGCGACACUAAUAAGCGGAUCUCCACCAUAUUUUCGAAACAAAACCGAAAGCUAAGAACGUCAGCAUCCUCACUCAGCUUGAAACCUGAUGUCGUGCCUUCUACCGAAAAUGUCAGCCAAUCUCCUAUAUCUGCAUUGUUUUCGAGAAUCAAGAACCGAGAGACUGGUCAAAGUCCACGAGGAAGCCAUUCGAAGGGGUUGUCUAUGGUCACUGGACAUUCAGGACACUCAAACACACACUCAAGGCAGCCUUCAAAUGAUCCAGAAGGCUCUACACAACCACUGAAUGAUAAAUUAGUGCCAGGGUCUCCUCAAAAACGUCUCAGUGGCAAACAAACGCACAAACGACAAUCGUCCCUUCCCAUUAGACAUGUUGGCAGUUUAGACGAUUUAAUAGCACACGUACAUGCAGCCACACAUUUAGAUUUGUCGAAUCCCGUGUCGCCAGUGCAGAGCCCAGUGAUAUCUGCAGCCAAACCUUCAAUAAAAUCUUCAAAUUCGUCAAUGUCUCAUCGAGUUGAAGAUGCAUGGGAGAGUAAACAGGCCGAUAUUGUCCUAGCACGAGAUAUUGGAGAUAAUAUGACCGGGCCGCUCCCAAUACCAAACCACGAUAGUAGCAGAAAAGUGAAUUUUACUAUAUCAGAUUCACUCUCCUCGUCGCUCGAAAGCAGUAGAGAUGGACAGUUAGACCAACCUUUAGAGUUAUUGCAUAGACAGCCCUCUUUGAUUUCCAUGAUACCGAGUCAUUUACAGCAGCCAGAACCUAUAAUAGAAGAAUCGUUGCCUCACCCGUCGCCACAAUAUGAUCCCGACUCGGUCUUGGGUUAUUUAAUGGAUACCGUAAAUUCGAAUAUGAAACGGCCAAGUGUCAGUAGUAUUGCAGAAUCACCCAUGGCAGUAACUAUGUUAAAAUCCAUAAGUCAUCAACCAUCGAUAGCAGAAGCACGUAAUGAGGACAAUGACUCGUUCCGUUUACCACCGAUACCACAAAAUGAAGCACUCUCGUUGUUUCAUCAGUCAGCAGCAAAUACAGAGGCUAAACCUGAAAUUGUGAACUCUCCAGUGCUUGAAUCUGAGCCAGAGCCAAUACCCACACCCGCACCUGUUGUGCCUUUAGUCGCUCCUACGAAUGGAUACAAGUCAAUGAACCCGACUGAAGUUGCUAGACUCUUGUAUGAAAAUAACUUGCCUGAUGUCCCUUCUGAAGAUACCGCCUUGAUAUUGGGCAAGGGUGACUACUUCCAUGUCGCGAUUCUUACUGCAUAUAUGAACAUGUUUGACUUAAAAAACUUAAAACUGGAAGAAGCAUUCAGACGGUUUUGUGCUGCACUCAUCAUGAAGGGUGAAACACAACAACAGGAUCGGAUUUUGAUGAGGCUAGCACAAAGAUAUUGGGAUUGUAAUCCACAGACUUGGUCCCUCUUUUACUCUGCAGAUGUCGUCCACAUCAUAUUAUUCUCGAUACUCAUGCUGAAUACUGAUUUACGGAAUGCUAGCAUCGGGAUAACGAGCUCUCGCAUGUCCAAGUCUGAAUACCUCAAAAACACCCUAAACACCAUUGAAGGCAUGGUAAAUCCAGUACGAAGUGAAGAUUCAGAUAGGACUGGCACUGGUACUGUCAGUGACGACAGGACAUCUACAGAAAAGGAGACAUUCGUUGACCGAGAUUGGAGGCGGAAAAUGGAAGCCGAGUUACGUGAAUUAUACAAGUCUAUUAGUAGGCACAAUAUCGUGUCGAGGUCUGCCUCACCUGAUUUGACUUCUUCGCCAUCAUCAUCGUCAUUACCCAUCCGAACUUCAAAUGGUACACUGAAGCGAGAAGGAUCGUCUUUAUCGGUAUCAACCACCCAUUCGACGUCUACCACCGCUACCAACUUUGGCGAUAACAUGUCUGUGUAUUCUGGACGAGGUAUCCGCUUUGUAGCUUCUUUACGAAGAAACCACAAUGGAUCAUCACAAACCUUAGAACGUAACACCACCCUCGAUAGAAAGUCUUUGGCUAGUGCCUUCUCUGGUAGUUCGCUAGGUCGAAAUACUAGUGAAACAGAUCCAUAUGGUUCCUCUGCUUCGAUACGUAGUACCAGCGUAGAAAUAGGUGGCGCCAACCUAAUGUCAGACCCAGGCCGAGCAGGUGUUAUGCAAGGGCUUAUUAUACGUAAAAGGUUGCGAGAUCCUGAAGGUGGUAGAGCUCGUAUGCGUAGAUGGGUCAAAGCAUGGGGAGUGUUACGAAUGGAUAUGGAUGGACCGCUUGGCGUUGCAUUGACUCUGCAACGAGUUGAGAAUGAUUCAGAUAAAUUCUCGCCUACAGAAAUAGGUGGAAAUUUAGUAGAUCCAUCUGCACUACCUACCACAAUGUUUGCUGGAACUGGUGGUAAUGGUUCCACGUCGCCCUUUGAGUCUAUAGGACGACGGUCUUUGGCUUCUAGAGAAGCUCGUAGUCGGCCAGCCAUGGAGACGUCGAGACCUCCUCGUCUCUUGCGAGUUGCACCAAACUCUCUCGAAACAAUUCCACUAUUGCAUGCUCUCUCUAUAUCUCACCCAGAGCCAGGCUACUCAUCAUCUCGACCUCAUGUAUUUUCCUUGCAUUUGAAUGACGGCUCCACGAUGCUCUUCCAAGUACCAUCACUUCAGAGCCUGAAUAUGUGGGUUCGAGCGAUCAACUAUUGGGCAGCUCGUAGGUCGCGAGAGCCUUUACGUGGUGGCAUAGGUAACAUGGAAUAUGGGUGGGGUAAAAUACUCUCAGAUCGUAAAGCCCGUCUAGCUGAAGAACGAGAACGUAAAACUCACGGGAGACGUGGUGAAUCCUUUUCAAUGUCUAUGACGGCCAAAGAAGCAGCUGCAGCAGUUUCUUUGGUCAUUGGAGACGAGUAUGAAUUUGGAACUAGGGCCUCUCCGCAUGUGCAUUCUGGUUCUAUCUCUGGAUCGUCUGGUAAAGAGGCUGGUGGUGGUAGUAGUGGUAUGCCUCCAAUGGCUGUUGAUCCCUCUGAUGAGAGUGUCAAGGCCAAGAUUUUUGAGUGGUUCCCGCCACCUAAUCCAAUUCAUACAAGGACUGGUGGUGACUAUUCUGAGGUGGAGCAAAUGAAUGCCAUGAAGAAGCAAGUCGACAUUGUUGCUACAGAAUUGGAAGAACAUGCUGGUCUUCGUGAGGCGAUGGAAAUCAAGUAUGGAUCACACCCCUCACAAAAGGACAAGGCUCAAAAGAAUUGGAUUAAAAGGCAGCAAUAUUUAGCAUACGAACAUCAAAAAUAUGCUACUUACGUCGAAGCCCUCGUGCAAGGAUUGGAUUACAUAACCGGAAAUCAUCAACCAUUCUCCCCUACCGCUACUCACUACACCAGCACGAUCCCUAGGACAGUCGAAUUGCCACCACGUAUGCCCCUCACCUCUGACGUCUUUAUACCACCAAAUAACAUAGCACCGAGCCGACCUUCAAAUGAUGCAACAACAACAGAUUCGUCUUCCUUGUCAACCUUGGAUGUUAUACAACGAAAACAUUCACAGCAACAGCAAUCCGAUAGUGUGUCACGUAGUCUUGAUGCUGCUAGGAUAUUGAGUCCCAAGCUGGAGGAGGAAGGUAGCAGGCCUCCAUCACCUUUACCACCACAAUCGUCUAGCGUAGUGGACAGUACCAUGUGA